AGCAGGCAGCAAAAGUAUCGAAGGCAGGAUGUGUCUGUGUUUACCAGUGCGUUGGUGUUCGUGUGUCAAGAUGCGUGUGAGUGUCGGGCAAGUGCAGUUAGAGAGCUAGGAGGCUAACUGUGAAUUCCCCCUGAGAUGGCCCAGAAAAAACUUGCGCAGACCUAAGCCACAUCGAGCACGCUGCCACCGAAGAAAACGUGUGUAUUCGUACCGCUGCCUCGCCCGCCGCCCUGAGCUGCUCCCCUGGUUCCCCUGCGCCCGCAACCCGUCCGAAAUGGAGGAGUCUACGCCGAGCCACCCGGCUGCAGUUGCGUCACGUGGCCGCGGACGGGGUCGCCCGCCGAAAAUAGCUGCGCCCAGCGCCACCCCGCCCCCCAGCCAGCCGCCCACGGAGGCGGACGCCUCCCCCACUCCGCCCGAGGACGCGGAUGGCGGCCAGAACGAGUGCCGGCGCAGUUCGCGCAAGAAGAUCAUCAAGUUCGACGUGCGGGACCUGCUCAACAAGAACCGCAAGGCGCACAAGAUCCAGAUCGAGGCUCGCAUCGACUCGAAUCCCAGCCUCGGCUCGUCGGGGCCCCUUAGGGCAUCCGCGUCUGCAUCAGCAUCCACAUCCGCCGCAGCUGCAAGCGCAGCUUCGCCCGCCGCUGUGUCCGUGAGCCGCCUGUUCUCCAUGUUCGAGAGCAGCCAGCAGGCGCUGCCGCCACCACCGCCGCCGCCCGCCCUGGAGAUCUUCGCCAAGCCGAGGCCCACCCAGAGCUUGAUUGUGGCCCAGGUGACUAGCGAACCGGCGACCAGCGGUGCCGUCCAGACUCUGGCCAGCCUGCCAGUGGCGGCCGCCCGCAAGCGGGGGCGUCCCAGGAAGAGCCAGCCUCCGGUUGCGGCCACUCCAGUGGCAGUCGGUCCCAGCUGCUCCGACUCGGACACCAAUUCCACCACCAGCACGACCACCUCCACCACGAGCAGCAGCGGCGACAGCGGCGAGGCAGCUGGCAUUCCCAAACGGAAGCCCAAGUCCAAGCUGCGUGUCUCCCUCAAGCGCUUGAACCUGUCCCGCCGGCCGGAGUCCUUCGAUUCCGGCAACUCGCCAUCGUCUUCGUCGCCGGAGGUGGAGCCGCCAGCACUGCAGGAUGAGAACGCAUUGGACGAGCAGCCGGAGCAGGAGCAGACGCUGUCCCGAAUCGUCAUUGGCGAUAACUCGGACUCCGACUCGCAGAUCAUAUUCAUCGAAAUCGAAACGGAAAGCCCCAAGGCGGAGGAGAAGGAGGAGGAAGAUUCUCCGGCCGAGGGGCAGCCACGAGCUCUGCUCGACAUGGACAUCGAGUUGGCCAAGGACGGUCCAACUCCCGACCCGGAACAAGAUCUUGACGAGAUUAUGGUAGAGGUGCUCAGUGGUCCGCCCAGCCUUUGGUCGGCGGAUGACGAAGCCGAGGAGGAGGAUCCGGCAACAGAGAGGACCACUCCGCCGCAAGAAGAACCGGAGGCAGAGUCAACCUCUCCAGCUCCUCGGCGCAGCAGGCGAUCCGCGCAGGCAAGGCGCAGCAGCCGGCAGGGGAAAACUCUCGAGGAGACAUUCGCCGAAAUAGCAGCCGAGAGCAGCAAGCAGAUCCUGGAAGCGGAGGACUCACAGGACCAAGAGGAACAUGUGCUGAUAGAUCUAAUCGACGAUAGCCUUAGUCAGCCGGAGCCUGUGGCUUCCCAGUCCCCCACUAUUGAGCACAUGGAGGUGGCAGAAGUCGUAUCCGCGACCGAAUCCCCGCAGGGGAAGGUCGUAUCGCCCACGCUGGAGGAAUUUGUCGUUGAAGUUAUUCGACAGACACCAGACCCCAAGCCACCGAAGCCAAAAAAGGUUGUUCCAGAGUCUGAGAAAGUCGAUCCAAAGUUGAAAGAAGACGUCCCAGAACCAGAAGAGGAAACUGAAAUUGUUCCGGAGGCUGAAGUGCUCAUCAAAGCCGUGCCGAAACUAGCCAGCGAAGGUGUACCAAAGCGAGAAAUGGUCACCAAAGCUGUUCCAGAGGCAGAACCCAUCACUGAAACGAAAUCAACGGCCGCCGUGGAUGCUCAGCCCGUGGAGAAGCUGGGUAGAAAAUCAAUUGCAGAACCGAAACCACCUACAGAAGUUGUCUCAGCGGAGAAGGAACCGACCAUCGAAAUGAAGAAAGAGCCGGAACCAAAAGAGGAAGCGCAUCGGAAGCAGGCGGGAAAAGAAAUACCCGAACCCGAAGGCUCAGAGCCAUCGAAACCAAUGGAGGCUAUUCCAGAGUCUGUGUGGAUUCCGCAAACAGAAGUCGACACCAAGGAGUCUCAGAUGGAAACCCCGGAACAUAACGCCGAAAACAAAGAAAUUCGAGAGGUACGAGCCGUUCAACCGACACUGCCAGCAGUAAGAAAGUCGAAAGACGAGGGGAGGCACACUGAGUCCCCUACAGAAGCUACUGCAUUGAAGACUGAGCCAGCUAGGGACGACAAGGCCGGGGCCGUUCCAGCAGAAGCGAAAACCAGGAGUGGUGCGGGAAGGCCAAAAUCCCCGCCAGACACUAGGGGAAGCAGGCAGGAACAGGAUGAGAAGAAAUCAGCUGUGCCAGGAAAGAAGCAACCCAAAGUCGAAUCGGAGCUAAAGAAAACAGCUGUGCUAGAGAAGAGGGAACACAAGAAAUCCCUCCCAGAAACUGCUCCCAAAAAGGAGAAAGAAGCUGAGAAGUCUUUACCAGAAGAGGUCCCAGCUAAAUCCCCACCAGCAGCUGUAGCUAAAAGAGAGACAGCUAGGAACCCUUCACCCGUGGAGCUAGAAAAGUCAUCGCUUGAGAAAGAUAAGGAUUCGGAUAAAUCCUCGGAAACUACUCUUGAAAGGCAAAAAGACGCAGCUAGGUCCUCAACAGAAGCUGCGACCGAAAAGGAAGUCGAUGUAAAAGAAUCUUCACCAGAAAUGAACCCUGCUAAGCAAAAAGACGCUGCCAAAUGCCAAAAAGAAACUGCCCCCAGAAAGGAAAUUGAAAAGGAGAAAUCAGCAUUAACUGCUAGUUCAGUAGCGAUGGAGGAACUGGAUGACUCCACAACCGAUUUAACUCCUAGGAAGGAAGCCAUCAAACUCCCACCAGAAGGAGCUUCCUUGGAGAAGGAGACAACGAAGCCAAUACCAGAAUCUGUAACGUCAGAGAUCUCGAAAUCCACACAAGACCACGCGGCAACCGCCGAAGCUGCAGUCUCAUCUGCAGAAGCGCCCAAAGAGGAUCAAGCUGCAAAGAAGCUGCUCCCCGAGCACUUCACUCCAUCUUCCGGCAAAUCUAAGGAGAAGUUCUCUCCAGGCUUCGUUGAGUGCGAUGCCAUGUUCAAGGCCAUGGACAAGGCCAAUGCCCAGAUGCGUCUCGAGGAGAAGAGCAAGAAGAAGCAGAAGAAAGUGCCCGCCAAGGUGGACUUACCCACUCCCAACGCCUCCACGCCGGCCCUAGGCCAAAAGAAGCCGCUGGGAGGCAAGACCAGUGCACGCCGGAACACCAUCUAUGAAGCUUCGCCCAAGCAGGACAGGAACAGCUCUCCGAGCUCCGACUCAACCCAAGUGAUCACGCCGGUUGGCAAGCUGAAGCGAUCGAAGGCCAAAAAGAAGCUGAGUGCGAGGCGCAGCACGAUCUGUGACGAGGCCAAAGCUCUCAGAGCGGGCAGCCCACCCAUGGAAGAGCUGGCCGCCAGUUCGCCUGUUUCCACCUCAUCGGACUCUUCUUCGAAACGGAACCGCCCUAAGACGGCCUCGCCCGAGCUGGGCAGUGGCGCCAAGUUGGACCUGCGCCGAAACACCAUCUGCGAGGAUCGUCAGGCCGAGACCGCCACUCCCGUUCCGCUAACCAAGCGUCGCUUCUCGAUGCACCCCAAGGCCUCGGCGAAUCCCCUGCAUGAUACCCUUCUUCGAUUAUCUGCCAAAAAGAGGGGCAGAAAGGCAGGCAAGGGAUCUAUGAGUCGCCAGAACUCAUUGGACUCCAGUUCCAGUGCCUCCCAGGGAGCCCCGAAGAAGAAGAUCCAAAAAACCGCGGACUCUCUUCAUGCCGCUCUCGUAGAGACGGAGUCCUCCGAGUCCACUUCUUCGGGUAGCAAGAUGCGACGCUGGGAUGUGCAAGCUUCGCCGGAACUGGAGGCUCCCAAUCCGCUUAGAGAUAUUGCCAAGUUCAUCGAAGACGGGGUAAAUCUUCUCAAGCGCGACUACAAAAAUGAGGAGGACCAACGGGAGGAAGGACAGGAGGACGUCAAACGAGAUCCGGAUCCCGAGGAGGAUGAGUUUGCGCAACGAGUGGCCAACAUAGAGACCCCGGCCACAACCCCUUCUCCUUCUCCGACGCAAUCCAACCCAGAGGAUCCCGCCUCCAACACCAAUCUCUCGCAGGAAAGUAGCAGUGGAGGUGUGCGACGCUCCCACCGCAUAAAGCAGAAGCCGCAGGGACCCCGGGCUAGCCAGGGAAGAGGCGUGGCCAGCAUGGCACUGGCACCGAUCAGCAUGGAUGAGCAGCUGGCUGAGCUGGCAAAUAUCGAGGCCAUAAACGAGCAGUUCCUGCGCAGCGAGGGGCUCAACACUUUCCAGCCGCUAAGGGAGAACUACUACCGAUGCGCCAGGCAGGUAAGCCAGGAAAAUGCCGAGAUGCAAUGCGACUGCUUCCUCACUGGCGACGAGGAGGCUCAGGGUCAUCUGAGCUGUGGUGCAGGGUGCAUCAACCGGAUGCUGAUGAUCGAGUGCGGGCCACUGUGCACCAAUGGCCAGCGGUGCACGAACAAGCGCUUCCAGCAGCACCAGUGCUGGCCGUGUCGCGUAUUCCGCACGGAGAAGAAGGGUUGCGGCAUCACGGCGGAGCUGCAAAUCCCUCCGGGAGAGUUCAUCAUGGAGUAUGUGGGCGAGGUAAUCGAUAGCGAGGAGUUUGAGCGAAGGCAGCACCUGUACUCGAAGGAUCGCAAGCGUCACUACUACUUCAUGGCUCUGCGAGGGGAGGCCAUCAUUGAUGCCACCUCCAAGGGAAACAUUUCCCGCUACAUUAACCACAGCUGCGACCCGAACGCAGAGACUCAAAAGUGGACGGUGAACGGAGAGCUGCGAAUUGGCUUCUUCAGCGUAAAGCCCAUUCAGGCUGGCGAGGAGAUCACAUUCGAUUACCAGUAUCAGAGAUACGGCAGGGAUGCGCAGCGUUGCUACUGCGAGGCGGCCAACUGUAGAGGCUGGAUAGGAGGCGAACCAGAUUCCGACGAGGGCGAGCAACUGGAUGUGAGCAGCGACAGCGAGGUCGAGGAGGAUGAGGAACUGGAGCCCGAGCCAGGGGCGGAGGAGGAGCAGGGCCUGCCGCGGAAGCUUCCCAAGGCGAAGGCCAAGUCCAAGGUCAAGGUGAAGUUGCCUUUGGCCACCAAUCGCAAGCGGAAGGAGCAGCCCAAGCCCAAAGAUCGGGAAUACAAGGCCGGCCGCUGGCUGAAACCCACUGCUGGCGGUUCUUCAGGCUCGGGAGAGAAGGCGUCGAGGAAACCCAAGGUCAGCAAAUUCCAUGCAAUGCUCGAGGAUCCCGACGUCUUGGAGGAACUGUCACUGCUCAGCCGCAGUGGGCUGAAGAACCAGCUCGACACGCUCCGCUUUUCGCGUUGCAUGGUUCGCGCCAAGCUACUCCAGACCCGCCUCCAACUCCUCGGAGUACUCACCCGUGGAGAACUACCCUGUCGCCGGCUGUUCCUGGACUAUCACGGCUUGAGAUUGCUACAUGCCUGGAUAAGCGAGAACGGCAACGACAACCAGUUGCGAAUGGCUUUGCUAGACACCCUUGAAUCGCUACCCAUUCCGAAUCGCACCAUGCUGAAGGACAGUCGCGUAUACCAGAGUGUCGAACUGUGGAGCACCAGUCUGGAGCAGCGACAGCCUACGGCGGAAGACGGUGACCAGGCUCAGACGCAAGCGGCUCUCCACAAGCGAAUGGUGGCCUUGCUCGAGAAAUGGCAGGCUCUGCCUGAGAUCUUCCGCAUCCCCAAGCGCGAGCGAAUCGAGCAGAUGAAGGAGCAUGAACGGGAGGCGGAUCGCCAGCAAAAGCACGUCCAUGCGAGCACCGCCCUGGAGGAUCAACGGGAGCGGGAGAGCAGCAACGACCGCUUCCGGCAGGAUCGCUUUCGCCGGGACACAACCAGCAGUCGAAACGGCAAGCCCAUACGCAUGAGUGGAAACAAUACAAUCUGCACGAUCACCACCCAACCGAAGGGCAGUAAUGGAUCCUUGGACGGUAUGGCUAGGAACGAUAGUCGCCGAAGGCCCGACGCUGGGUUCUCGAGUGAACCAAGACGUACGCUGUCCAAGGAGCAGAGGCGUAGUCUGUUCGAGAGGAAGGUGGCCCUCGACGAGGCUGAGAAGCGUGUUUGCAGCGAGGAUUGGCGGGAGCAUGAGCUGCGCUGCGAGUUUUUCGGUGCGGAUCUGAACACGGAUCCCAAGCAGCUGCCCUACUACCAGAACGCUGACACGGGUGAGUGGUUCAACAACGAGGACAUGCCUGUGCCAACUCCGCAGCGUACGGAGCUCCUGUCGCAGGCACUGCUCUCCCCCGAAAUGGACAGCGGACAGGCGGCUCCUCCUGCCGUGGAGUACAAGCUGCCGGCCGGAGUGGACCCCCUGCCGCCCGCCUGGCACUGGCGGAUGACGAGCGACGGCGACAUCUACUACUACAAUCUGCGCGAACGAAUAUCGCAAUGGGAGCCGCCCAGUCCGGAACAGCGCCUGCAGACCCUGGUGGAGGAGGACUCCACGCAGCAACCGCUUCAUGAGCUUCAGAUCGAUCCCGCGCUCCUGGCCACCGAGCUGAUCCAGGUGGACAUGGAUUACGUGGGCUCGCUUAGCUCCAAGUCCUUGGCCCAAUACGUCGAGGCCAAGGUACGAGAGCGCCGCGAGUUGCGUCGCAGUCGCCUGGUCUCUAUUCGUGUGAUCAGUCCAAGAAGAGACGAGGAUCGCCUGUACAACCAGCUAGAAUCUCGAAAGUACAAGGAGAAUAAGGAAAAGAUUCGCCGCCGCAAGGAGUUCUUCCGUCGGCGCAAGAUCGACGUCCCUGCCACUGACACAGCAUCCCUUCCGAAUUCCUCAGACAAUCCAGAAGAGGCUUCCGCCACCAAUUCGCUGCCCAUACAGGCCUAUUUGUACUCCUCCGACGAGGACGCGACCGAAGCUCCAGAUGUGGAGCAGCCCGUCGCCGAGGGGGCCGUGGCGCAGGCGGAGGAGUUGGAUUCACUUAACUUGGCGCCAAGCACCAGUCAUGCCGCUCUGGCGGCCCUGGGCAAGAGCCCCGGUCAGGCGGUACAGGCGAGCGGAGUAGGUGGCAAGCGCAAGCUGCCAAUGCCACCGAGUGUCAAGAAACAUCGCCAGGAGCACCGGAGCAAGAAGAGCAAAAGCUCUCACAGUCUCCUGUCCACCAUAAGCGGACGCGAGGCCCACGAGAAGUUCCGCUUCGAAAUUAGCGGGCACGUGGCCGAUUUUCUGCGUCCCUAUCGCAAGGAGAGCUGUCAACUCGGCAGGAUCACUAGCGACGAGGAUUACAAGUUCUUGAUUAAGAGGCUAAGCCACCAUAUUACCACCAAGGAGCUGCGGUACUGCGACGUGACGGGCAACCCCUUGUCCUGCACGGAGUCCGUCAAGCACAAAUCCUACGACUUCAUUAACCAGUACAUGCGAAAGAAGGGCCGCGUCUACCGAAAACCGGCUGAAAGCACUAUAUUUUAGCUCAUCAACUCCAAUAACCACAGGGAUUUGAAGCCCAGAACUGCCCUUCUGCACCAGAACCCGAACCAAAUCCCACAUGGAACUAAAACUACAAUUUAACUUUAAGUGUACACACUAGAUAAGAUAAAACCCUUAGUAGGCGAUCUACCCCUCGAAGAGGGUAGCGUCUGAAUUGGGUUUAACUAGAACAUCUUAGAAAGAGGUAGAAAAUUAUUAAAUACACGGGAAAAUAAAUGGAGAACUAAAAAUACAAUAGCUGGGGCUUAUAAGUACUGUGUUGUAAGUUGUAAGCCAUUUAUAGGUAAGUUUAAAGCUUUGGAAAAUAAAGUAAAAUAUAUAAAGUCAA